AUGGGCGUCAACACUGACCGCCCCAACGCCGUCGGGAUGCGCAAGCCCAUUGAGAUUGGUGACGUGGUCAAUGCCAUGACUGGGGGCUCAGGCUCUGGAGCGGUCUCUGGCGGAGGCAACGUCUUCUGGGUGAUAUUCAAUUUCCAAGCCAACCCUGGGGUCCCGAUCAGCCUCAAGAAAAUGACCGAGCUGAGCGAGCACCACUACGCUCUUGGCGAGCGCCCGGGGCCUCCGUGCCUGCCCAUUCACGCGUUCCUCUCUGCCAACAUCUCGGAGGAGACCCUCAAGGCCACGCUGGCUGCCGGGGAGCUGAAGCUGACCACGCCGCCGGAGUCCAUCCACGCGUGGGUGAUCGGCCUGGGGAACGCGAUUGCCAUGAAUCGGCCAGAGAAGAAUGAGUUGAAGCAGUGGUUGGAAUACGCGCUCUCCGCGGAAUUCACUUUCGCCAAGCUGGAGUCCAUGGACGAUGUCCAUUUCUCCGCCGUGCGCUUGCGUGAGAACUUGAGUGACCACAAGCGGCUCAUGGGCCGCACCGCCCUCGGUCGCAUCCUCGAGGAGCAGGUCACGGCCAACUUUGUGGACAACGCCCUCACCAUCGUCAAGCGCAUGCUCUCGAUCAGCGGAGUCAUGAACAUUCUGUCGGACGCCGAGGACACCUGCGAGGCAACGGCCUUCGACAGCGUGAGCAAGCUGUACGCCAUCGUGUCGAAGGCGAAAACGCCAGCAAUGAUCAUUUGGACAGUUCGGAGCUUGUGGGACGAGCAUAAAUCCAAGACCCCUUUGAACAGAGUGGUUCCUGGAGUGCGCGACCUACUGGGCAAGACCACUGCUAAGGCAGAACCCAACGAGCGCGUCGGCAAGGUUGAGGUGUGCUGCUUCAAGCACACGGUGAAGACCUACCUCACUUCCACUUGGUUGGACAACUCGGACUUGCCAUCUCACGUCAAGGAAUCCUUUCGCACGUCCCUCUCUGAUCACGCCACGUACCGCGCCAGCAACGGGCUCUCCGAUGAGGAGGCGGACUUAUCUUGGAAAGCGUCCUUUUCAACUGCUGCUGAUUCUUUCUGUGGCAUCUUCGAGGCGCUCAUCUACAGCGACGCCUACGAUGAGGGGGUGAUCAAGCCUGCGAUUCGGGCCAAGAAGGCCGUGGCGGAUAUGUUGACCUCGCCAGGCCUCAAGGAGCUCAUGAACGAGGCGGCGGAGGAUCUCCAGAACGAGGCCAAGGGUGAUGCCUGCGGGGACGGCGACGACGAGGACGGCGGCGAUCUUCCAGACAUGGGCGAGGCGGAUGAGGUCCAGCUUUCCAUAGCAAUGAGCCCAGGUGCGUCGGCGAACGAGGGCUCCAUUCAGACCCCUGUCAAAAG